UUUGUGCGGUAAGGAAAUACCAGAGUAAAGCAUAACGACAUGACAACAAUGUUCAUCGAUUGACGAGAGAAAUGUGAUCUGUAGCAUAGUCUACUGCUGGUAGGUAAGCAUUGAUUGAUUAUGGAACAGUACACAAUAUUGGGUAGAAUUGGAGAAGGUGCUCAUGGUAUUGUGUUAAAGGCAAAGCAUGCAGAGAGUGGAGAAGUGGUUGCCCUGAAGAAGGUUCCCUUGAGGAAACUAGAUGAUGGUAUCCCUACAACAGCUCUCAGGGAAAUCAAAGCUCUGCAAGAAAUUGAAGAAAACCCUUAUGUUGUAAACCUCCGUGAGGUGUUCCCCCAUGGCUGUAGUCUGGUUCUGGUGUUCGAGUAUAUGUUGUCUGACCUAUCGGAGGUCAUCAAGAACUCGGACCACCCACUGUCCGAGGCCCAGGUCAAGUCCUACAUGCUGAUGCUGUUAAAGGGUGUUGCUUUUUCACAUGAAAACAACAUAAUGCACAGGGAUCUAAAGCCAGCAAACUUGCUGAUAAGCUCUACUGGUCAUUUGAAAAUAGCCGACUUUGGACUGGCUAGAGUGUUCCAAAACAAAGGUGACCGUCAAUACAGCCACCAGGUUGCCACAAGGUGGUACCGUGCCCCAGAGCUUCUAUAUGGUGCGAGGAAGUAUGACGAGGGUGUUGAUAUUUGGGCUGUUGGAUGCAUAUUUGGAGAACUACUCAACAACUCGCCACUUUUCCCUGGCGAGAAUGACAUAGAACAACUAUGCUGUGUGCUGAGAGUGCUCGGGACACCUAAUGAGAGUAUAUGGCCUGGGAUCUCUGAGUUACCAGACUAUAACAAGAUCACUUUUCCUGAUAAUCAGCCAAUUCCCCUAGAGGAGAUUGUCCCUGAUGCCACCCAUGAGGCACUCAGCUUACUCAAAAAACUUUUAGUGUAUCCCACAAAGUCGAGGAUAUCCGCCAAGGAUGCCCUGCUACACCCCUACUUUUUCAGCGAACCCCUCCCAGCCCAUCACUCAGAGUUGCCCAUUCCUCAGCGCAGUAGGAGGGGUUUGCCUCGUCGACAACAGACUCAUGAAUACAACAUUGAUCUUCCCUUGGAAAAGAGUCUGAUAGACCCAGACUUGCUUGCCCCAUAUGUUGUCAAAUUUAGAUAGAGUUUUGGUGAUAAAUGAAACAAUUUAUAUAUUAAUGAGGAAAUUGUACAUGUAUUUUGAUGCCUUUAUAUGCCAUAGGUAACACAGACAGGUCUUUCCUUAAAAAACCGUGUACCGUAUAUAUUUGGCCAUACCAUUUCAUCCGAUGAAAACUUCUUAGCUAUCUCCUCCUAUUCAACUUACAAAUGGGGGAUUGUGUGAUAGAACACCACCCCUUUAUAUACAAAUAUACAAAGGGAGGAAUAUGGCAUGCAAUGUCAGGGAUUUCAAUAAGUUUCCAGGCAACAUGAACUUUCAGAAUUAUAGGAGGAACCUUUUCUCUGGAUAGUGAUUUCAAUAAGUUUCCAGGCAACAUGAACUUUCAGAAUUAUAGGAGGAACCUUUUCUCAGGAUAGUGAUUUCAAUAAGUUUCCAGGCAACAUGAACUUUCAGAAUUAUAAGAGGAACCUUUUCUCAGGAUAGGGAUUUUGGGGAUGCAUCCUCGAUAUCCGGGGGUUGUAAACGCUCACUUUCGCUCUCUGCUUCUUUUUGAUUUAUAUCAAAGGAUCGAACUAGUCGUUUUGUCUCAUCAACAAGGUGGCGCACACUGAGCCUUCAAUUUUGCUAUGACAUUUUCCAGGGGUGCAGAGAGCGAAAGUGAUCGUAAUUCCUGGAUAUCGAGGAAACCUUUGUCAAUGAGUGUUGACAAGAUUUCUACAAAAUGAUGUGUGUAAUCUUGAAUGCUUUCUUUAUCUGCGGAAGAAGAACAUAUGCAAGCUUUGUCAUCAGUUGUUUUCAAUAUCAGUGUCAGAAACCGUUGGUAUUUAAAAAGAAGACCGUUAUUUACUCUUUGGUUUCACCAGGUAAUCUAAUGAGUUACUAUGCCACUUCAAAGAUGUUUUCAUCACAAAACAAUUUUCGUGUCAGUACACAUGCACUUGUAAUUCUGAUAUGAUGUGUCAGCUUGCUGGAGAAAGAAAUGGUAACGUAAUUUCUGUUGACUCGUUUCUGUCUUUUGUGAAAACGAAAUUUGAUAUUUCAAGGCUUUUUUGUUAUACACAUGUCAAAAUUUUCAAAUUGUCCGUUACCUUAAAUUAGUGCAAGACCUCCUGCUUUUACCACAGAUUAAAUACAGAUCACACAAGGAAGGUAAUAGCAAUGCUUACAGAAGA